AUGGCAGCUAAUUGGAAUCUUAAAUAUCAUGACGUUCCAGAAAUUGUAAGAAGUUUAUCGCUGGUUGAAGAACGUUUAGUUUCACCAAUUAUACCAUUCGGGCAAAUAAAGGCAUUAUUACCAUUUUCAAUGAAUUCUCAAUUAUCUUUUAAGGGUAGCGUUGCAAACAUUAAAGUUGAAAUUAAUGAAAUGAUUAAAGUUUUGCCAAGAAACUUUAAUGAAUUAUCAACUGUGCAAAUAAAACUUAAGAGACAUGAAGAUCAUAAAUCUCAUUAUAUGUUUGAGACAAUAAAACCAUCAAAAAUAUGCGAAGCUUUAGAACAUUUAAUUGCUUUCGCAUUACCAAUAACACAAUUCGGUGGAAAAAUUCAAGAAUUGUCAUCCAAUGUUGCAAAUAGUUUACGCGAGAAAAUUAACGAUGUACAACUUUUAAUAAUUGAUGAGGUUUCUAUGGUUGGUAGUACAACUUUAAAUAGAGUUGAUAUUAGAUUACGACAAAUUAAAGGAGUUAAUGAUAGUUUUGGGGGUGUUUCAGUAAUUUUGGUCGGAGACCUCCAUCAAUUACCACCUGUUAUGGACAAACCAAUUUACUUAACACCAAACACUUUUGAUUUAAGCAUAUUAGCAUCUGCUACUAGUGUCUUAAAUUCAGUGACUGAUUCUACCUUGGAAAUUUGCCAUAUUAACAUCAACUCGCUCAAGUCAAACAUUAAUCUCUUGCGUACUCAUUUAUCAUUGUUUACGUACGAUGUCAUAGCAUCAAGUGAGACUUGGCUCUCGGAAUCAAUUAAUGAUUGUAUGGUUGAUCUCAGUAAUUUUGUUUUGAUUCGUAGAGAUAGAAUUGCUGUAGUUUAUCGUAGACCUGGAGGUGAGAAUCUUGAUGACUUUGAAUAUAAUUUUAGUAGAUUUUUUAAUUUGUAUGACAAUGUCGUAAUUUGUGGGGAUUUUAAUUAUAAUCUUAAUAAAAUAUCAGCGGACUCAACUUAUAUGAGGGAUUUUUUUGAAUCAUUUAAUUUAUAUGUUGUUCCAUUCACUGUUACUCAUCAUGUUGUAAGUUCGUCUUCUUGGAUUGAUUUGUGCGUUGUGGAUAGUGAGGACAAAAUAGUGUCAUCAUCUCAAUCUCAUGUUCCUUUUGUAGCGGGUCAUGAACUUAUUUCAAUAUCCUAUAAAUGGAAAUCUGAUAAUGUCAAAUACUCUACUCAAACAUAUAGGAAUAUUUCUGGAAUUGAUGAUGAGGCUCUUUUGUCUUCUUUAAAUCGAAUUGACUGGUCUGCUUUUUAUCAAUCUCAAUCUGUUGAUUUUAAACAAUUUUUUGUACAUAAUAUUAUUUUUGCGGCAUUGGAGGAACAUGCUCCUCUAAGAACUCAUGUAAUCCGAAAAAAAGUGUGCCCUUGGAUGAAUGGAAAUAUUCGUGAUAUGUUAAAGCAAAGAGAAAAUGCUUUUAGAGCUUGGAAGAGAUCUGGAAGUGAAAUAUGUAGAAGUAAAUUUAAGACACUCAGAAAUAGUGUUAAGUUUUCUGUUAGAAAAGCUCAUGAUGAGUACAAUGCUGGUAGACUGAAUAGUAUUCAUGAUUCGGGUAAACUUUGGAAGGAGCUUAGACACAUUGGUCUCGUUAAGGAUAAAAAGGAUGAUGUUCCACUUACUUUCAAUGUUAAUAUACUUAAUAAUUACUUUUUAUCUAUUAGUGGAAAUUCAUCUUUUAAUAUAACACCUUCCUUUAUUUCUGAUCUACUCAUUGACUGUGAUUUUGAUGAAAACUUGUUUUAUUUUGUGGAUGUAUGUAGUUCUAUGUUACUAAAGGCUUUAAAUAGUAUUAAAAGUGAUGCACAGGGUUUUGAUGGUGUGUCCAAUAGUGCAAUUAUGAAGUUUAUACCAGCAUUGUUUCCUUAUGUGCUUGAUCUUUUUAAUAUGUCUUUGCAGACAUCUAUCUUUCAAGAAAUGUGGAAGAGAGUUCUCAUUAGGCCGAUAGCGAAAGUGAAGGAUCCGCAGCAGCCUGGUGACUACCGACCGAUCGCCAUUCUGAGUUCUUUGUCUAAAGCUCUUGAAAAGAUUGUCUACUAUCAGCUGAAUGAAUUCAUUGAGUGUAAUGAUGUUCUUAGCCCUUUUCAGUCUGGUUACAGAAAAGGUUUCAGUACUCAGACACUGUUGGUUUCUGCUGCUGAUGAUAUAUGUAGAGCAAUUGAUCAGAGAAAAGUAACUAUAACUGUCUUUUUUGAUUUUAGUAAGGCUUUUGACAUGGUUCCUCAUACUCUUUUGCUUCUUAAACUAAAAACUAUUGGUUUGUCGGGUUCGGUUUUAAGAUGGUUUGCAUCAUAUCUGUCUGGUAGAACGCAGGCUGUUGUAGGACAGAAUGAAAUGUCUGAGUGGGGAGACGCCGGAACUGGUGUACCUCAAGUAUCGGUAUUGGGGCCUCUUUUGUUUAUACUUUUUACGAAAGAUCUGGGGAGUGUUCUCAAGUAUUGUAAGCACAUGUAUUUUGUUGAUGACCUGCAAAUUUACUUACAUUCAAGCAUUGACGACUUAAACAAUAAUCUAGCUUUGAUUAAUGAUGAUGUUAAGUCGGUUUUUAAUUAA